AUUUUCCCCCCUUCUCCACCGGUACUCUCUACAGACAGGGACGUAAUCGCUUCUCCUCGCUCGGUGAUUUAACCUGUCCAUAGCUGACGGUGGGAAAAGGGUAAACUUAAGACAGCCUGCUUUGUAGCUGUAUCUCCCCGUGAAAAGUGCGAGAAUGUCUUCUUCUGAGGAGAGCCCCGAGUACUCGCCUUUCUUCGCCGUGAUGGGAGCCUCUGCGGCCAUGGUCUUCAGCGCAUUAGGAGCAGCAUAUGGAACGGCGAAGAGCGGCACAGGCAUCGCUGCCAUGUCUGUGAUGCGGCCAGAGCUCAUCAUGAAGUCCAUCAUCCCUGUGGUCAUGGCCGGUAUCAUCGCCAUCUACGGGCUGGUGGUGGCUGUGCUGAUAGCAAACAACAUUUCUGAGAGAGUCUCUCUUUACAAGAGUUUCCUGCAUCUCGGUGCUGGUCUGAGCGUGGGCCUGAGCGGUCUGGCAGCUGGUUUCGCCAUCGGCAUUGUGGGCGACGCCGGCGUGAGAGGCACCGCCCAGCAGCCCCGGCUUUUCGUGGGCAUGAUCCUGAUCCUCAUCUUCGCUGAGGUGCUGGGGCUUUACGGCCUCAUCGUGGCCCUCAUCCUAUCCACAAAAUAAGUGUGCAAAUCAACAUCAUCUCAUUCAUUCCACAUCAAAGCAGCAAGAACAAAUAGGAGAUUUUCACCUACUUCCAUUACACCCCGCGGGUCUGGCAGGAUGGGAUGGCAACAGAAACAUGUUGGCGGUCGACUUUGACAGCUCUGUCCUCAAUAGAUGUGAUCUAUCCAUAUUGUUUAAAGCCAUCCAGUUGUGUCAGGUCCUGUGUGUACAGAACGGGCAUGAAGAUGUAUUGGUUGUUGUGGGAUGAUGUGUGGACAGUCUGCCUGAUGUGUUGUCUGAUCUUAACCUGUACAGUGGUCCAGAGUCACUCCACCCCCUUGUAAAUGUAGUAACCAGUCUGUGCUGUGAGUGUGAGUAUCAACGUUUAUCCCCCUGCCCAAUCCCCCUCCUUUCAUAUUUGUUUUUUUCUUUUUUCUUUUCGUUUGUUUGUUUUUUCGUUUGUGUUUUUUGUCAUUCUUGUUUGAGACCGCAGAAGAAUUGUGCACAUUAGUAUUUAUUUUUUUCAUGUUCUUUUCGGGGACCAUUUUUGAAUCACCGUGGCGAGGAGCCGUCAAGACAUGUUUUUAUUUUUUUUCACUAUUUAUGGGAAGCUAUGAUGAUUUUGACUUGAUGAAUCUGUCUAAAUGGAAUACUAUUUAUUGAAUACCCUAUAUACAUAAAAAUAUAUAAAUUAUCUGUGUAUAGUUAGAUUAAUUGCACUGUGGGUAAUUGUUCAAAGUGCUUGGAAUUCCUCUGGAUGUAGUGUGAUUAUUAAUGGAGGAUGUCCACAUGUUAACAUGGAGUUGACAGUGUGUAUGUGUGUGUGGGCGUGACUAUGUGUGAAUGACCUGAGUGCAUAAUGCGUGCAAGUGUAUUUAUGUAUUUAUGUAUUUAUGUUUACUAUGACAUUCUCAAACACUAGUAUUGUUAACCAGUAGUGCUGCUGUCUUGAUUUUUUUUUUUUUUUUUUGUUUAAGGUGAGAGCUCACUGUUCAGCCAUGCCUGUCAGAUUUCCAAAUAAAACUCAACCUCCUCCAGAA